CAGUAAUGCCGUUGAGUUGAGGAGACCCAACCCCUUUCUCCUCCCAGCUGUUCAUAGCUGUCCAAUCUCUCUCUCAUCCAUGUGACCCCACUGCACAACACACAUAGAUGCAGAUACCCCAGAGAUUUAUUGGGAUUUUAAAACCUCCAUAAUCAUUUUUUCUUAUUCUUUUUCUUUAAAAAAUCAUUAUUUCUUCUUCUUCUCCUCCUUCUUCCUUUCUUCCCUUUAACAUUCCCUCACCUUCUAUUAGACCCUUUGCCUCAAACCUUCUUCCCUUUAACAUUCUUUCAUUUGCAACUAUAUAUAAUUAUAUGUGCAUAUAGAUAGACAUAAUAUAUACCAACAUUGUGUUUUGUUUUGGUUUGAGAUAUUUAUAUACAUAGUCUUCUUCUGUUUCUUUCUCUCUAAUUCUUCUUCUUCGUCAUCUUCUUGAGAGAUUGUGUUGAUUGGUGUCACUCAAAAUGGCUCAAUUGCCACCAAAAGUUCCAAACAUGACACCCAAUUGGCCAGACUUUUCUUCUCCUCACCAAAAGAUGCCUUCCCUCAAAACCAUGGCACCAAACGUCUCAAACCAAAACCCUUCAUGGGUGGAUGAGUUUCUUGACUUCUCAGCCGCCAGACGCGGUGCUCACCGCCGCUCGGUGAGUGACUCCGUCGCCUUCCUGGAGGCACCAAUGCUGGAUCAUCACUGCAAAAGCCGCGGGAGUGAUGGUGGUGGUGACAAUGAGAGCGAGUUCGAGAGGUUUGAUGACGAACAAUUCAUGUCCAUGUUCAGUGAUGAGGCUUCAGGGAAUAAUAAUAGUAAUAAUAAUGACAAUGAUAAUAAUAAUAAUAAUAUCAACUACUACCAUAGUAAUAAUAACACCAUGAUGGCACUCACGGUUUCCUGCUCCAACCCUUCUACACCCUCUGAUCACAACAGCAUCAACGAUGAGAAGGAGAUGAUGAACAAGGAAAAGGAGGAGGAGCAAGAGAAGAAGCAAGUGAAGAAUGAGUCAGAUGAGGAUGAAAGCCAAUGCAAGCAAGAAAUCACACAAAACCCCGAUGAUUGUAAUAAUAGUAACGCAAAUGCAGCAACUUGUUCCAGUGAGAAAAUCACAGACCCCAAGAGGGUCAAAAGAAUCUUGGCAAAUAGACAAUCGGCACAGAGAUCAAGAGUGAGGAAGCUGCAAUACAUUUCUGAGCUUGAACGAAGUGUGACUUCAUUACAGGCUGAAGUUUCUGUAUUGUCUCCGCGAGUUGCAUUUUUGGAUCAUCAACGUUUGCUUCUAAAUGUUGACAACAGUGCUUUGAAGCAAAGAAUCGCCGCGCUGGCCCAAGACAAGAUCUUCAAAGAUGCACAUCAAGAAGCACUGAAGAGGGAGAUAGAGAGACUGAGGCAAGUGUAUCACCAACAAAACAUAAAGAAGAUGGACAAUGCUGCAGGAUCAACAUCCCAAUCACCAUUACCAUCUCCAAAACCACGAUGUGACACACUCACUGAAAAGGAACAACUUAUCAAUGUCUGAAGUUUGAACCCUCCCUUGAACACUGACUCAACCUGUGUAGACUUUGAUCAAACAUGUCAAACAUGUAAGCUAGCUUAGAUGAUCUGUGAUUCCUUUCAAUUUUAGAAAAGAAAUUGCAGAGUUAUGGAAAUGGAAGAAAAGAAAAGAAAAGAAAAAUUGAAAUACGAGUUUAUAAGAGUAUUGUUGUUGAAUCAGAAUAUUAAACUUGUUCUGAAGAAAAGAUUUGAUGAAAUAUGAAUGCAGAUUAUGGAUUCUGAUAGAAGAAUAAGACUAAAAGUAGUUAUAAAAGUUGGUAAGAAGAAAAAGGGUGAUGAAUGGCAUGACGUAGUGAAGGGUAGGAAGAGGGUGAGAGAUUUUAUUAGGCAAUUGAUGAAGGAAAUGUUCAUAAUGGGGACAUUGCAAUUGGUGGUGGUAGGCUUUUGCUAUCAAACUGAGGCAGUCACGUGAUGUGUUUGCUUUAAAGAAAGGGACCACUCAAGUUGCAUGAUUGGAAUGCUGGGAAACACAUGUGCACCAGUAUUAGAAAGUGAGUUUAUGCCUAACUCAACCCCACAAAACCGGCUUGUAAGGUGAGGUUUGCACCUCAAUUAUAUAUUAUCAUUUGGCCUUAUCUCUAGUCGAUGUGGGACUUCCAACACACCCCCUUCACGCCGAGGUAUAGACAUCUCGUGCGUGAUAGUAGAAAUUGGGUGGUCCGAUAGCGGCCCGAUUGCGGGUGGAAGAGAAGAAUAGAAUGCCCACUUAGAACUCGCUAGGAUAGGCUCUAACCAUGGCUCUGAUACCAUAUUAGAAAGUGAGUUUAUGCCUAACUCAUCCCCACAAAACCGGCUUGUAAGGUGAGGUUUGCACCUCACUUAUAUAUUAUCAUUUGGCCUUAUCUCUAGUCGAUGUGGGACUUCCAACACACCCCCUUCACGCCGAGGUAUAGACAUCUCGUGCGUGAUAGUAGAAAUUGGGUGGUCCGAUAACGGCCCGAUUGCGGGUGGAAUAGAAGAAUAGAAUGUCCACUUAGAACUCGCUAGGAUAGGCUCUAACUAUGGCUCUGAUACCAUAUUAGAAAGUGAGUUUAUGCCUAACUCAUCCCCACAAAACCGGCUUGUAGGGUGAGGUUUGCACCUCACUUAUAUAUUAUAAUUUGGCCUUAACUCUAGUCGAUGUGGGACUUCCAACACACCCCCUUCACGCCGAGGUAUAGACAUCUCGUGCGUGAUAGUAGAAAUUGGGUGGUCCGAUAGCGGCCCGAUUGCGGGUGGAAGAGAAGAAUAGAAUGCCCACUUAGAACUCGCUAGGAUAGGCUCUAACCAUGGCUCUGAUACCAUAUUAGAAAGUGAGUUUAUGCCUAACUCAUCCCCACAAAACCGGCUUGUAAGGUGAGGUUUGCACCUCACUUAUAUAUUAUCAUUUGGCCUUAUCUCUAGUCGAUGUGGGACUUCCAACACACCCCCUUCACGCCGAGGUAUAGACAUCUCGUGCGUGAUAGUAGAAAUUGGGUGGUCCGAUAACGGCCCGAUUGCGGGUGGAAUAGAAGAAUAGAAUGUCCACUUAGAACUCGCUAGGAUAGGCUCUAACUAUGGCUCUGAUACCAUAUUAGAAAGGCAUAAACUCACUUUCUAAUAACCAGUGACAUCAAAGAAAGGGUGGAAGAAAAAAACAGUUGUGUCUGCUUUAACUACAUGGGAGAGGGAGGUAUCUGUCGGAGAUUCUUUCAGUUUUUUUUUUCUUUUUUUUUUUAUAAUGAUGUGUUAUCUUGUCUUGAAUCUGGAUUCUUUUCGAUUUUUGUUUAUAUUUUGUUGGGGGGCUUCAGUUCAAGUUGGAAAACAAAGACUAGUGGACGUGUGUGUUGGGAUGGAUGAAAGGAAGGUAUGUUAUUGUCAGUGAAAGUGUUGGCUCCUCUGGGUUUUGUUGUACUUUGUGUUACUGCUUUGAAGGGUUGUGAUUAUCUUUAUUUGACGUGUUAAUUUGAAGGGGGAAGAAAAAAUCAAAGUGUAAAUAUUUAGUUAACUUGAUUAAAUUCUUGUAGUAUAUGGUGUUGUUUUUUUAACUGUUGCAAGAACUUUAUUUGUUAUGGAUUUGAUCAUAUAUAUACUCUCAUAAACGAGUGGAAACUAGCUGUUUAAAUUUCAUUUGAGGAUCAAAAACUGAACAGCAGAGAAAACAUAUCUCAAAGAAAGGUGGUGUGGAGGGAGGAAGACAUAGGGACAAAAUAACAAGAAAGAGAAAAUAAUUAAUGUGAUGAAAAAUGUUAAAAAAAUAUUAAAAAAUGAGAUAAAGUGUGUGAAAAAAAGAGGAAUUAAUGUAUGAUGAUAUCGUCUAAUUAUAUAUGGUGAAGGAUAAGUGUUAAACAAAUUUAUUAAAUUUGAAUUUAAAAAAAAUGUAGAGUCACAGUUAUUCCUUGGGAUUAAUUAAGGAAAUAUUGUAUACAAUAUAUAGUGAACCCGGAGUUAUGAUUUUAAGCCAAACGAGAGGUAGAAUUUUAAUGAAAUAACAAAUGGAAACUAAUAAUACCGAUUCUUAUAUAAGUUGAGUCUGCAGUUGAACUUUCUCAAACAAGAUUUCCCCUUUUACAAUCAUGCUAUGGAGUUUCAAAUUUUUUGGUUUACUAAGAUCAAACAAAUGAUUAAUUUAAUACGAAUUCGAAAAUGCUUCAUUUCUAUAGAAAACACAUGACACAAAAAAUAGGUAUUUAUGUUAGGAAAACGAUAUAGAGGUUUUUGACAAUAUUUUGACACGAUCAUGUGUCAGUUACUUAUUGGUCCAUUUUUUAAUUUUUUUAUGCAGACGUGGAAACUAAAAUUUACAGAAGUUUAAUGGCGUACUGUUUUUAAAGUUUCGAGUUUUCAUUUUUCUUUCGCAAACCUUCCUUGAGACUCGGCUAUUCAACCUUUCUUCCUUUUAUUUUGCUUGUGUAUUGAUAUGUUUUGUGGUUCAUGGUCAUUGAAAGGUGAACUUUUGGACUUUCAGCCCCUAAAAUUUAGGUUAAGAUCGAACUAUUUUGGCUUACCAGUUCUUCAUUCUAAGUCACGACCUCAUUUUUUAUUGGCUGGUUUCUCUUGGUUGUUGGGCACCUUUUUCGACUAAGCAUUGUUCCAAGUGUUCUUUGUUUUUCUAUGUUUUGUCUUUCCGUCAUUCUUGCAAAACUAAGUUGGUUGGUGAUGUGAAUCAAAAGGUUAACUAUGGAAUAAAAAGCUUUUAUUGAAAACACACCUUUGGUUGGUUGAUAAGGUUGAACGAUUUCGUGAAGAUUGAUAGGAAUGUCUUAUCUGAGUUAUGUGAUAAAUGGGUUGAAAGGAGGGGUGAGUUUUCUUUCGGGAAACAAUUGUUGAAUUUAAUGUAUUAGAUGUAUGUUUAAGAUCAAGCCUGAGUGUGAGGGAAGAACAAAUUAAUUUAAAUUAGAUUGAUGUAGACAGUGAAUAUAGAAAAUACUUUAGUGAUGGAAAAGUUGAUGUUAUUGUUAUUUAUGAUUUUCUGUUGCAAGAACAUCCAAAUGUUCCUAUAAGAACAUUUUUGUAGUAUUUAUAUUUUAUCAGGGAUAUUUGAGUUUUUGUUACCAAAUUGUAAUAAAAUAGUUUUUCUGAUACUUUUUAACAUUCUUGACGAUUUCGAGUAUGUUGGUAAAUAUAAUUGGGAUAGUUUAGUUUGUGAGCAUUUGGUAGGGAGCUUGUGUAGUGCUUUAAUAGCACUAAAGAAUAAAAAACCAUAACUUACUUCCAUGUUGUUGGAUGCGUUUAUUUGUUGCAGGUAAAUGAUGUCUAUGUACUUAUCAUUGAAAUUAAAUUUGUUUAUAUUGUAUGAUGAUGUAUAACUAGUUGUAUGGUUUUGUUAAUGUUUCAAUUAUGAUUUUUUUUUAUCAUUCUGUCCAACCCAAAGUACAAUUUCUGAGUAUCAAAAUUUUCGUGAUUGUUGCAUUGGAUUAUUGUCAAAGUAGGUGACAAUGUUAUCAGAAGUGUUUUGCAAAAGGCUGCGAUGAGUAUUUGUUUCUUUUUUGUUGCGUGUAUUUCAUAAUAUUUUAUUUCCUUAAUAAAUUAUUACCUUAUUUUUUAAGUUGUUGUUGAUGUUGGGGUGUUGAAAGAAGAGUUGUAUCAUCCUCUUGUCAAAGCAACAUUUGAAAAAUAUGGUGUGAGAUUUAAGAAACAAAAUAGUAUAGAUAAGUAACACUUUAUCUAUGUUGUACAAGAACAAGAAAA